AUGCACUUUACAGUUCUGUAUCCAGAUGGAGAGAAGUGGGAGGUAAUAAAGAGAGCUGCGUUAAAGUCUGUGGCAGGGGAUGGCUCUGAGGAUGGAUACCCAGGGUCUUUGCUGAAGGAUUCCGAGGACUACAGGAGCUAUCUCGCAGUAGUAAAAAGCUAUGCUAAGGUUGCGAAGCAGAUUGAGAAAGGAGAGGUAUAUGACUUCUAUCGCCACCAUCGGAGGUUUAGAAAGAAGCCGCACUCUCUGUCCGAUUUCAACAGAUUUAGGCUUGUUGCGGUGCUAAAGGAAGACAGUCCUUUGUAUGUGUUUGAAGAGGGAUGGUAUAAGGAAGUGAGCGGUGGAACUGGCCAUAAGAAAUGUCCAUUUUGUAAUGAAAACAUCCCUAGCGAAGAAAUCAGUAGCCACUUGAAGACAAGGGCAUGCAGCCAGGAGGCGGAGAGCAAGGAAGGAAACAGUGUGACUGUGGUGUUUGACAGGGGAGCCAAAACAGAAUACGAAAGGUUGGUACUGGACUGCACGAGCGUUAGGAUGCUUAAGAAAAUUGUUUACGACAGGACUGGAAUAUCCGUGAGCAAACAGGAUGUCUACCGAGGAGAUGUUGUCCUGAAGAACAGUGAUUCUCUGGGUAGGGAAACAGUUGUAUUAAGGCAGAAGAAAAGAGCACAGAGGAAAUAG